AUGGACGAAAUUCUACUUACCCGAUUAUCCACGUUUGUGAACAAUAUAGAGAAACUGACCACUGACGCCAAGUUACUAUGCACGCAAAUACCGUGGGACAAAACCAAGACGGAACAGAGUGCCAUCACUUCAGCUAAAUUACAUACUGUAAUAAACCGGUUCAAUACUGAACUUUAUCAAUAUUUCAAAUUAGUUAAAGAACCAAGUGCAGAUGAUAUUUCCAAGUUAACUACCUCACAGCUCGAAGGGGAAGAAGCAUUAGCAGAAUUAAAUACCCUCAUUCAACAGUUUAACAAACAAACACCUAAUGAACAACCGAACGGACAACAUGUCAACAAGCGAAGCAAAUUACCUGAACUAACUCUCCAUAAAUUUAAAGGAACAGUACUGGACUGGUACCCCUUCUGGGACCAGUUUCAGUCCAACAUUGGUCAGCGGGAUCUAUGUGAGGUUGAUAAACUACUUUAUUUAAAAGCUUCUUUAGAAGGAGAACCUAAAAAUUUAAUAGAUGGUCUGGAGACAACCAACCUCAGUUACCAAAUUGCCGUUGAUAUACUUAAGAAUAGGUACGGAAAACCCGAACAAAUAAUAGAUAGGCAUUAUGCCACCUUAUAUAAGAUAAAGGGUGCUACCAAGUUCGAAGACUGUCGUAGAACUUUAGACGAAAUUGAAAGGCAUCUUAGAGUUUUGCAUUCUCUGGGAGAGAAUAUUGAUCAUCACCAUUUAAGGUUUAUCAUUACUGAAAAGUUUCCAGAGGAUGUGAUAUACGAGGUAAAACUUAAGAGCAAAUCUGAAUCCAUACAGGAGCUUAGAACACAGCUGGACAUUGUUAUUAACGCGAGAGAAGAAGCAAAGGGUCAUAGGGAAUUUAACACAAAGGAGGAAGUGCCAUUUAGCACCGAAGUUCUACAUACCAGAGAUGAGAGAAAAGUAAAGACAGUCAAGAAAAAUAAAUUCUCUCAUACUAAUAAAAGGUUCUUAAAACCUAAAGCUAGCAUGACCACCUUUACUAAUACCUUUGUAAACCGCAAGAGACCCUGUGAUAACAAAAGGGAAAAUAGAGAUUAUCAACCUGAACAGAAAAGGAAGAAAUUAUCUUGUAUAUUUUGUGGCGGAGGACAUUUUAAUGACCGCUGUCCCAAUUAUGAGUCUCUGGAAAAUCGCAGAAGGAAAUUAAGAAACAAUUGCUUUGUUUGUCUUGGAACGGGACAUAGAGCAAAGGAUUGUUGUAGACCGGUCAAAUGCUUCCACUGCAAGGCUAUGAGAGAUCAUAAUGCAGCUUUAUGCCCAAAGUUAUUAUCUUCAGACAAUAAAAUAAAACCUGUUAAUACCCUACAUGUACAUGGAGAAGGAACCACUGUUUUACAAACAGCUGUAAUAUCUGCCAUAGGAAGGAAUGGAAUUGUUAAGAAAUGUCGCUUAUUGAUGGACAGUGGUUCCCAAAGAAGUUACGUGACACAAAGGAUAGAAAAGGAGUUAAAUUUGAGCACAGAGGAAGAAAAUCACCUAUUUGUUUUCACAUUUGGAACUGAACAACCAAAGAAAUUAAAAGUAAUCUUGUUAGAAUUUGUUUGA